GGUGGUGCCGUGGCGCGGUGCUGUGCCGCGCCGUGCCGUGCCGCGCUCUCCUCCCGCUCGCUUCCCUCUGUCCCCCUCUCUCGCUCGCUCUCUCUCCCCCUCCCUCCCUCCCUCGCUCUCUCGCUCUCCCUCUCUCUCUCUUACACUGCCAGCCCCUGAUGUGAUGGCGAAGAAACCCCGUUGACAAGGCACUGCUUUUUCAUGACGUUGUCAUGGAUGAUGACGACGAUGAAUCCUGUCUCCUUGAUCUGAUUGGGGACCCACAGGCGCUGAAUUAUUUUCUACAUGGACCUAGUAGUAAAUCUAGCAAUGAAGACUUGACUAAUGCAGAAUAUUCUGUAGCCAACUCAAAUUCAAUUUUCGCCAACUCCAAUAACACUGAUCCUAAGUCGUCUGUCAAAGGUGUAAGCGGUCAGCUUGGAGAGGGGCCUAGUGAUGGACUGCAGCUGUCCAGUAGCCUUCAGUUUCUUGAAGAUGAACUUGUAUCUUCUCCUUUACCUGAUCUUACUGAGGAUCAGCCUUUUGAUAUUCUUCAGAAGUCCUUGCAGGAGGCAAAUAUUACUGAACAGACUUUGGCAGAAGAGGCAUAUUUGGAUGCCAGUGUAGGUUCCAGCCAACAGUUUGCACAAGCUCAGCUUCAUCCUUCUUCAUCAGCAUCCUUUACUCAGGCUUCUAAUGUUUCUAAUUACUCAGGUCAGACGUUGCAACCUAUAGGAGUUACUCAAGUGGUACAGCAACCUGUUGGAGCAUCUUUUGCAAGCAAUACAGUCGGUGUGCAACAUGGCUUUAUGCAACAUGUCGGAAUUAGUGUUCCCAGCCAGCAUUUGUCUAAUAGCAGCCAGAUUAGUGGUUCUGGGCAGAUACAGCUAAUUGGUUCAUUUAGUAAUCAGCCUUCCAUGAUGACCAUUAAUAACCUUGAUGGAUCUCAGAUUAUACUGAAAGGCAAUGGUCAGCAAACACCUGCGAACAUGAGUAGUGGCCUCUUGGUUCAUAGGCAGACUCCAAAUGGUAACUCACUAUUUGGUAACUCAAAUUCAAGCCCAGUAGCACAACCUGUAACCGUUCCAUUUAACAGCACAAAUUUUCAGACAUCGUUGCCUGUCCAUAAUAUCAUCAUUCAAAGGGGUUUGGCACCAAACUCAAACAAAGUUCCUGUUAAUAUCCAACCAAAGCCUGUCCAGAUGGGUCAGCAGACUGCUUAUAAUGUGAAUAACUUGGGAAUACAGCAACAUCACGUACAGCAAGGGAUUCCGUUUGCUUCUGCAAACUCACCUCAGAGUUCAGUAGUUGGUCCUCAUAUGUCUGUUAAUAUUGUUAAUCAACAAAAUACAAGAAAAUCAGUUACACCUCAGACAGUUAGCAACGCUGGAGGUAGUAUUGUUAUCCAUUCGCCUAUGGGACAGACUCACGCACCUCAAAACCAGUUUCUCAUACCUACAAGUUUGUCUGUUAAUUCCAAUUCAGUUCAUCAUGUCCAGGCCAUAAAUGGACAGAUUCUUCAGACUCAGCCUUCCCAGCUGGUUUCUAGCCAAGUGUCUGCUGAUCAUGUAAUGCUCAACAGGAACUCUACAAACAUGCUAAGAGCCAACCAGUCGUAUUCAGGACAGAUGUUGAAUAAUCAGAACACAGCUGUUCAGCUUGUUUCCGGCCAGACGUUCACAGCUCCUGGAAACCAAGUUAUAGUAAAUCACGGAACUUCACAAAUUGUUGGUGGACAGGUGCCACUGCAGCAGGCAUCACCAACGGUGUUGCAUUUGUCACCCAGUCAAGCUAAUGUUUCUCAAGGUAGAUCGAGUUUUACUACGAUGUCACCUGGUCAGUCUGCAGUCUCAAAUAUGUCAGCUUCUAAUCGAUUCGCUGUUGCAAGUUCUUCUGGUUCAGUACAUCCUGGCUUGGGACCAUCAGUUCAGUCUGUCGCAUCAGGAGGAAACUUCACUGGAGAUCAGCUCACGCAGAACAGAACUCAAGUUCCCGUCAGUGCAUCGCAUCGUCUUCCAGCAUCCUCUUCCAAAUCUAUCAGCACCUUUAGUCACACAUCAGUUGGAGUAACGCAACAACAGUUCUCCUUUGGUCAGAAAAAAGGUAUGAACCAGACAUCACCCGUUUCUGCAUUGAAGACGCAGGAUAAUUUGAGACAGCCUCAGCUGACAAGUCUUCUGAGCAACACACUAUCAGGACAGGACUCUGGAGGAAAAAUCAUACAGCAAUCUCUAGGAACAGCACAGCCACAAGAAAAAGUAAUAGGAUCAUCAUCAGUUCAACAGAGUCUACAGGUGGAUGGUCAUUUAGUUGGGCAGAAAAGACCUGCUGCUAAACAGUUAACUAAAGGAGCUUUUAUUCUGCAGCAAUUACAGAAGGAUCAAGUGCACUCUGUGACACCAGAUAAAAGUCAGUUCAGAUCAUUAAAUGAUGCAGUUCAGAGACUCCUUUCAUACCACGUGUGCCAGGGAGCACUGCCAACAGAGGAAGACUUAAGAAAAGUGGACAGUGAAUUUGAAUCUGUAGCUACCCAGCUUCUGAAGAGGACACAGGCUAUGCUGAACAAGUACAGAUGUUUGCUUAUAGAAGAUGCAAUGCGGAUAAAUCCCUCUGCAGAAAUGGUUAUGAUUGAUAGAAUGUUUAACCAGGAAGAAAGGGCAUCUCUGACCCGGGAUAAGCGUCUUGCACUAGUGGAUCCUGAUGGUUAUCAGGCUGAUUUUUGUUGUUCUGCCAAACAAUUUGAUAAAACAGCGGAAGAAGCACAGUCCAGCAAAAGUGACCAUCAGUCUAGCAAAACAUUACCUUCUCGAAGUCAGACUACCAAAAGCCAAGCCAGAGACCGACCAAAAUCCAGCUCAGCAGAGUCCACAAAUCACAGUAAACUUCCUCUAGUGCCUAACAACAUUCUGACACCACAAGAAGGAGUAGCUUCCACUAAAAAAUCGGAGAGCCUCACUAAAGCUUUAAAGUUUGACAAAGCUAAUUGUUCUUCUGAGGGCCAGUAUGCGGCCCUUUCUGAAGAAAAGAUGGCUGGGAAAGAUCUUGCCAAGUCCACUGAGAAUUCUUCGAGUCCUGAAGACUUGGCAAAAACUGUGUCAAGAGGCGGUCAUGGAACACACAACAAAAUAUCAAGGAACGCAGUUCAGUGUUUCUCAAAGGUAACGUGUAAUAAUUCCCUCCAAGACAAAUCUCUGAGGAGCUCUCCAAAGAACGAGGUUUUGCAUCCUGAUAACAGGAAAAGCUCUGGCGAACCCCAGCAAGACUUACUGCUCAGUAAGAGUUUAGAAACUACAUUUAAAAACAUCUUGGAACUUAAAAAAGCUGGGAGGCAGCCGCAAAACGAGGCAACAAGUAGCGGCUCAGUUGAAUUAGAAUUUCCUAAUUUUUCACCUAUCGCUUCACAGGAAAACUGCCUGGAAAAAUUUAUUCCAGACCACAGUGAAGGUGGUGUAGAAACUGACUCUAUUUUAGAAGCAGCUGUAAAUAGUAUCUUAGAGUGUUAAUAGUUACAGUACCAUGGACAAGUUAUGUUUCUCUUAGCAGAAGCAAAUGUGAAUGACACCACAAGUACAGCCUGACAUGCAUUUAAGGUUAACCUUUCUGAACUAGAUUCUGUUCUGUGUUUGAGAGCAAUACUCAUUGUGGUUACAGUGAGAUAUCCAAGUAAAGUUAAUCCUUGUUAGAAUGCAGUCUGUUAGGGCCUUACUACUUCAAGUAUUACUCCAAUAGUGCUUUUGAUAAUUGUGCAGUACUGCAACCCUAACAAGGUCGCAGGUUGUUAGGCCCUACGUAAUACGGUAAUAUACUGACAAUCACAGUCAUUUGAAACGAUAUAUUUAUUAAGAAAAUGUUUUUAAAAAGUGAUGGAAGCAACAAUUCUCCCCUGCCCUUCUCUUACGUAAAUCAUCAGAUCUUUAGUUUUUCUGGAAAACCCACUGUACCUCUAUUCAGAAGUGAUUAUUUGCUUUGUUAAUGAUUAUGUGUUCUAGGAUUCUUAAGUUGGAAGGAUAUAAUCAGUGUGUUUACAAGGCUUCAUAAUUUAAACUUAAAGUGCUUUUCUAUUGCUUUCUGAGCAGAAACUAGUACUUGAUGAUAUAUUUGUAGUGGGUAACUUUAGUCUGUGGGAUGAUAUUAUAUGAUCUUAGUCACAGUGGCAUGAUAUGAAGUAAUAAAUGCUUGACUAAGGAAGGUAGAACGGAAGCCGGUAAAUGGCAAAGUGUACAGGUUGAGGCCAAGAUAGAGCCAUGAAUUUAUAUAUAUAAUGCAUAUAUAUGUUAACUCUUGAGGAAAAGAUUUUGCAUUUUAUAAUUGGAUGUAGUCAGCCUUGAGUCUUUCUGAAGUGGUAUAAAUGGUGGUGUUUUUUGGUUUAUUUUUUUAUUUUCUUUUCGACCAAGUGUCAAAAGCACUUUUAUUUGAAAACUCUUAUGAUAUUUGUAGCUUAUAUUUUAAGAAGACAUUAGCCUUACUCUGAUUAAAGGCCAGUGUUUAUUUUUUUUUUGUUUUUGCUGUUAGAGAAUGUUAAAUCAUCCACUGUAGCAGUCGUGAUUAUCAAGAUAUGUACAGACCAAAGUCGAUCAGCAAUCCCAUUGUUUAAACAUAUCAAAAAGUGUAUAAUUAUUAAUUCAUAUUGUAGAGCCAAGUGAAACCAUUGCAUGGUUUGUAUUUGGCUUGCUCUCAUGUUAAGAUAGAAUCUUAUUAUUUUAUUUAUUUAUUUUAAUCUAUGACUUAUUUUUUUUUGCUGCCCAUGCUGCUUUUUCCUAGUUUACUUUGGUCAUGAGUGCUUUUGUGCACAUAAGUGCGCUGACAUUUGUCACGUGCAUGUAGUACAUAUGUCUGCUCAGGAGGGUAUCGCUUUGGUGAUUUCUGAGGUAUGCUCAUGUUCUCCCCAGACCUCCGCAAUUUCUCAGACAGAUCAGCAGCCAUUUUCCAGACUUGCUGGUUGCAGUUUCCGUAAUAGAGAGGCUCUUUGUGACAAGCUGUGGUUGUCAGUCAGAUCGCCAGGAAAGAAAACAGUUGGUUUUGCUGUCACGUGAUUCAGUCCAUCUGAACAGCACAAAAGAAAGCAGAAUUGGGUCCUUAUGACAGUAGAGGAUGACAGUGAACCUGUGUGUUGAGCUACAGUCCACUGUCUGACCACUAAAGGAAACCAAAUCUAGAAGCAAUGUGAGAAAGAUGAACUUAAAAUUAAUUUCCCCUUCAACGUGAAUGGAAAUACUGGUUUUGUAUGUUACUAAUUGCCAUUUAAAAAAAUCGUGCCAAUUUCAAAGUACUUGUUUGUAAAAACCCAACAUUCCCAAGUAUUGUAUAAAAUAUUCAAGGUAAUAAUAAGUAUUGCCAGUUUUAAAUUUUUAGUUAGAUGUCUAUAGAAUAGACUCUCAGGUGGUUAGUUGUUUUCUUAUUGGCAAAACUGACAAUAUAGUCUUCACCUAUUGCCUUCUUAGGUUUAAUAAUAUACUUAUGGCUGUGUAUUGUGAUGCGUAUUUUAUUUUGUCGUUUUGGAAAUUUAACCAUUCUAAACUAUCUGGGAAGGAAAACAGCAAGUUACACAGCUGUACGUUAACUAGUUAAAUUUUUCUCUUAUAGGGGGAAAAAAGUGAAGUUGCACAUUCAUUGAUCCAUUUGCUUUUUGUACCACCUCAAAAUGGGUACGGGGUUUCCAGCCUCUCUACAACAACUACAUAGUUGAAGUAUCAGGCUAUGUGUCUUCUAUUGGAUCUCACUUGGGGAUGGGGACAAUGACGUAAAAAAAUGGCAAAUUACAAAAAGUAAUCAUGGUCUAUUUGGUCAGACACAUUUCUCUGAAACGCUUACGAGGGGAACCCAUGAAACAAUCUUAGCAAGAUUAAUCUUAGACUAUUAAUGUUCUGUUGUUCACUCCUUUGAAUUCAGUUCUAAAGGAAUUCUGGUACGUGGUGGAGCGGUAAAUGAAAGAAUUGUAUUUUUGUUGUGCUUAAACAAAGUCUGAAUUUAUUAAUCAUAUGGGCUCAAGUCCAGCAAAGUAUUGUGAAUGUGCAUGACUUGAAACAUGUCUUCAUUAUUUUGCUGGAUCGGCGUUGUGAUUUCAAUGUUAUUUAAUACUGCCUAAUAUUAAAACAAAUUUUAAACUGGCAAUUAAGAAAACUAUGUUCGUUUUGAAGAUAUUAGUAUAAUUUAUCUGUUAGAUUAGGGAGGCCUUACAGACUGACUUCACUUAAAGAGGAUGUGUCACUUAUUGUCAGUGUGGUAUGGACUUUAUUUGCUUAAAUACCUUCAUUUGUAAAGUAUGUCUCACUUGAAAUUGCUUUGUAUACAUUUUGUAAAAAUAUUUAUAAAAUGUUUUGUAAAAAAAAAGUAUAACAAAUUGCAGUUUAUUUUGUUAUGUUGGAUAAAUACUGUUAAAAGACACAAGUCAGUAAAUAUAUUGUUAAUCCAUGGAUAGGAAAUGUUUAGUUGGAGAUUACAAAUUGAAACAACCAUUGCAAUACAGCCAAAGAUUUGGGAAAAAAUGUCUAUCUGUGAUUGUCUUGAUUUAACCAAGUUGAAUAUUUACGUUUCCAAAAGAGGAUUGUUCUCAGUUUUAGGUAAUAUGGUUGCAAAAUAUUCUUACUCCUUUUUAUAAUGCAGCCCUGCUAUAAAUACUUAGUACACCAACUUUCCACACUCUUUACAAAUCUUUCUGAACAUACGCUAUUAGGACUUAGUUUAUGUGGUGUUAUAACUACAUAUAUAAUGUUGAUCUCCAGAUAACAAGGUUGCCAGUGGUUCUUGUCUGUUGCCAUUAGGAAUCUUGCCAUGGUGAGGUUGCUGAGACGUGUUCUCCUUCUCCAGCAUGUUUCCACAAUAUAGAGGCAUCAUCUUCCCGAUACGUCGGGGAGGUGGAAGAAAAGUGAGGGGUUUUGUUGCUCAGCUGGCGCCUCACCCAUGCCACGGAGUUUCUGCGUUGUGCCAGUUGUAUUUGGUUAUAGAUACCUGUGUUUCCAGACUUCCCAUUCCUGCCUUUUGGCUGUGAGAAGAUGCCACAGUUGCUGGUGAUGUUAAUGCUUCUUCCCACUUCCAGAGGAGCGAUGAACUUUUUUUUUGCCGUGGUUGAAUUUUUCCCAAGGUGUGCCGAGGUUCUGAUCUAGUUAAAGCUCUUAUAUUUGGAACUUCAACACUUUAUUUUUGGAGGCUGUGAAAAUGAAGGAUUGGUGAGGCGCUCUGCCUCUCAACUUGGAGUAGGGCCUGCUGUGUUGAAAGGUAGAAGUCUUUCUGGGUAGCAUUGAUCAUUUUGUCAAUGAGACAAAAUAAACAUGCAUUUUGAAUGCUUUUCACACGGAUUCAGGCAGCAACAGCAUGAGUAAAAUCAGUUAUAUAUUAUUUUUAUCUCUGGAUUAGGAUAGCUAGGCAUCUUGGAAUUUUUUUUUCUCCUUAUCAUAUCCCUGUAGAAUUACCAGGCAAACUUUCUGGGUUGAGAAACAUUUGAUGUACCCGUUUACCAUGCAGCUGUCUUCACUUUAGAAUAUCUUUGUUACAAGAACAUGGUGUAUUUUUUUAAUUGCCUUUUGAUAGCAUUUUUUAUGGUGGGGUUCAUUACAUUUAUUCCAACGUUCAAGGCAGAAUUUCUGAAGAUUUUGGGUGUGUCCUUUCUUCUUCAGGAAGUGUUCUCUUUAUAAGCCUUCGCAUUUUCCCUUUAGAAUUCUACACACUUCUUGGAGUUUUCACAAGAAUGUGUUUGUCAGACAUCUUUAAGAAAUUGUCUUCAUGACUUGGGGGUCACUUGUCACUUCGGUUAGAAAAGGUCCUUGCAGAAAAUCGGUGGAGAUCUGAACAGCAGCAGCUCUGGUGCGCAGACACAACGUGCGAUACACAGGUUUCACACUGCGGUAGUGGUGGGUAUACUCGAAGUAGUUUAUAAUGUAUGGAUUGACACUGGUCUUUGCUACUAGUCUUGCAACUAAUUGCUGUAUAGGAAAUUGAAAAAAAUGUAUUCAUAGUAACUAGUUGCAGUAGGUAAAGAAGCAAACUUGAGCAAGCUGGCUCUGUUAGGGAAUUACAAUGACACAGUGUCCUGAUGAACCAAUAUUUUUAGUGUGAAAGUAAAAACCUCUGAAGGUGCCCUGUUGUGUUCUGAGCAUAAAACUCUGCUUUAUUUUUUCCUGAGCUUGAUAUCAUGCAGUUUUGUGGGGACAAACAUUUUACAAGCGGAGGAAGAAGCUAAAUCUGAACCUGAUGCUCUGCUGUAGUAUACGCUUUGCUUGGCCUCUAACUCUGGCUUCUGUUCAGGUGGGUGCCCUUGUUUCUGCACAUGACUGGCCUGGAAUGUAAUGCUCGGUCUUCAUUGCUGCUUUUGCACCGUGGGAUGUUUUGGAGGAAUUUCUUAAAGAAAAGAAAUAGAAUCAUUUAGGUCUGAAGAAACCCUGAAAAUCAUCGAGUCCAGUUGUUGACACUGCCAAGUCAAAUUAAGUGUUCCCAUUUGAAGUAAAUUGUUUCAACUAUAUUAAUGAAAGGACAGCAGCUUUAGAGUUCAGUGCUUUGAAGGGGAAGCAAGCUUACUUAGUCCAUGCUGAUACAUCUCAACAGCUUUUGAUGUUUCAGUUAGCUUUUAUGUCUAUGUAGCUUUUCACUACAUGGUGUAGUCAUACCAGAGGCCACGUUUUCGAAAUUAUCCUGACGUUUUGGCUAUACAAACUCCUUACUCUCAAAUUUUAAUUAACACCUUGUGAAGAUAAUGUUUCAUUCUAGUUUUUUUACCAAGACAGGCUGGUUCUGAUAGAGCUCCACUCUCUCUGCACACCUCUGAGGUGGUGGUAACAUAGACCUACCUCUGACAUUCUUUUCUAAACACCUGGCAUGUAGGGCCUGAUCCACAGUGUGUCGACUCAGUGGAAAGAUGAUUUUCAAUCGAGGAUUGUGGUGGUAGUACUUCUCUUUUAAAAAGUAAAAAUUAAAAAAGCAUCAGAUUUAAUUGAUACAAUACCCUUGGGUGGAAGGCAAUGCAAGGACUCUCAGAUUCUACAGUGAUGACCAUCUCAGCUCUUGGGUAGGUAGCAUUAUAUAACUAAUGCUGUCAUUUAGGGUGAUGAAUUAAUGUUUUCAAAUAAGCAGGCUGCUAAUUUUUUCCUCUAAACGUUAAACACUUUUAACAAUUGCUACACAGUUCUGAAAAUACAAGACUUUGCUCUCUCCUGUGAACUUUGACUCCAGAUGUUCCUACUGAGAUGUGAAACCGUGCAUAAGCCAUGGGGAGAAAUUAUUGCAAGUAGUAAACGGCAAGUAAGUGGUACGGUGACUGGAAUUUAAAAAGUGAGGCAAAAUUGUGUCUGUAUUGUUGUGGUCAAAGCAGAAGUUCAGCAGCUGACAUUAAAUUCAGAAAUUGCAAAUUGUGAAGUUUAAUUGGAGAAGUACGAGGUUGAAAUCAUUAAUGCAUGUAGUUCCCGAGCUGUAUCUCAACAACUGGAUCCUCAUCAACUUCAAGUUCUGGGAAUUCAGAGGUAUUAAAAAUUGACAACUUUUUUUUCAGAUGGCACAUAAAGACUCUGGGAAAAGGUCCUUGUUUUUUAAACUUUUCAUGUAAUUUCUAAAGCUGUGUGAUAACGAAUUAUGCUCUUGUUUUUGUGGGUGGAUUCCGUUUGCAAACAGGCAGCUAUCAGCUUCAGGAGAGCUGCGUGCAGCGUGUGUUUGUGUACAGAAAAAGCCAGUCAAAGAAAAUUUGGCCCAGUUUGGCUUCAGUGGUUAUUAUUGGAAGUCAAGGGUAUAAAUAUGGGAAUUUAGAUGCUUUUCUUACACUGCACAUUCAGCCACUGGGCCAGCAAAGAGAAAAUAAGUAUAUAAAUGUUAUUUUUGUUCUCUUUAGAGUACUUUUAAGUGAUGUGAACAAGAAUAUUUCUGCACUAAUACUGAACUUGAAUAACUUUAAAAAUCCAGUUUGAAGCUGGUUUCAUCUCAGAUUAGAACUUCUUCCAAAAUGUUACUCCAAAAUACAAUCAUACACUGAAACUAUAUUUCAAUUAUGUAAUAGAUGUUUUAGGCUCUUUUUUUUUCCAGCCGUGCUGUGUUUGGUGCACGUGUGGUGCGUGUCCUUGGCGUGAGCAGCAGCAGAGAGCGGCGCUGUUGGAAACCUCCUGUCCUUCAUUGCACAGCCUGAUGUUGGUAGGUGUACCUGAGCCUGGAAAACGCAAACGGAAUAAAAAUACAUGUGGUUCAAAUUACAGGGGUUGAACAAUUGCACCUUGCUUUCAAGGCAAAAUUAAUUGCGAAAUAGGGGAUUUGGGAGGCCCGUAUUAACAGGGACCAGUACCAGACCAGUCUGCGGUGCCUGCCAGGGGCUGGAUACGCAGUGCCCAGGAACAGUGCUCAGAAACUUGUGUGUGCAGGGAGGGAAAUGCAGGGGAAGCUGGAGAAGAUGAGGCUUCACAGUCUGGAAAAGAUGAGCAGGAAGGCAGGUAAGUGUGUGUGUGGGGGGCUGGAUUUUGUGGGGACCUUUGAGAUUUGAAUGGCUACCCUUGAUUUUAGAAACACAGGAUGUAUUCCACACACAGGAGAUUGGAGUACAUCCAUUUCUGUAUUAGAUCACGUAAUUAACAUUUUAAAAAAUUAUUAAACACAUUGUCUUUUUUCCUUCCCCUUGCAUCUCUGAAAAUGUCUGGAUGACAGUGAGUGAAGAAUGAAUUAACAAUGUAGUGAAUAUUCUUCUUGGAUGUAGAUUUGUGUAUCUUACUAGUGCAAAGAUGAGCUCAACACAGUUUGAAUGCUGAUUGUGAAAGAACAUUGAUAAUGCACAAGGUCUGGUUUUAAAUUGAGCAAGAACAUGACUAAAAAUGGUGAGUGAACUCCAAAAUAAUAAGCGUUUUCAUGAUACUGAAUGAGCAUCAUUGCAGUGUAAUCCUUACCAAGAGCUAAGGAAGGCGAGGAAUCUAUUUGCUACUAUGCUGCUUUUUUUUCUGGGGUUAAAUUUUCCCCACUUAGAGCUUGAGUUUUUAGUGAAAACUUAACACGACCUUAUGACAUCUGUAAUAAUUAGUAUUCAAUUUAUGAGAACACAUUAUGUUAGUCUUGCGUAUUAAGGAGGGCAAUUUUAAUUGUGACAACGAGCCUGAGCAUUAAGGCUUCCCAAGGAUUUGCAGGCCUGCUUUUUGUGUGAGUUGAAUUCCACCACAAUUGAGUUUGUCAAAGCCAGAAGAGAGGUGCCACACAGCUCUGGUUUUUGUUGUUUUAUCCUUUGUCAAUCAAAUCUGAAGCCCCUAAGCAAAUCAGCAUUCUCAGAUACUUCCAGCCUUAAGUCACUUUGACCUGUUUCUGCAGCAGUGUUAUGUCAGAGACCGCCUGAUUUAUUUCAUAGCUGUUGUGAUCAACCAAGCUCCUACAAAUAAUCGUAACUGUUUUAUCUAUACUCCCGUUUUCCUUAAGCGAGAUGUAAUAACUUCUGGGGAAUUUAAUUUUAUGUCUUUAAUUUGUAAACUCUACAGCCGAGAGACUCCCUUUGCCAUUUGCCUGCAGGUGUGUUUAGCAUCCGCCCCAAGCAGGGUGAAGGGAUUUUCUUUCUGACCUUGCUAGCUAGCUACUAAUCCAGAUACCAAGACAAGAUCACUGGUGACAACGAAAACUGGAAAUUUGAUUUUUUAAAUUAUUAUUAUAUUUUUUUUUAAUUCUGCCACGCUCUUUCAGAGCAGAAGGUGCUAAUAGCAGUUUUAUGACUACAACUCUGGUACCAGGGUCCAGGCACGAAAAGAAUGUGAGACUGAAGGUUGGAGUUAACCAUGCCACUAAUGGUGAGACCAAGUUAAAGGAGCCUCAAAACGUUAUAGGCAAAUAUAGUUCUGUUUGUCUGUACUGCAAUCCAAAGGCAAGAACUGACUUGAAAUCCAGUUUUGUGUAUAGAGAGGAAGAGGAGAAGGAACAGACAUAAAUUGUUAAAGGUCAAUUGCUUUUCAGAACAGCAGAAAAAUGAGGAUUUUUGUUUACAUUUUGCUUCCCCUUUACUUAACAAGGCUGCAGGAACUUUGGCGUUGGUGAGUUGCCUUAGUCUUCUGUAAAAGGUUUAAAAAAAGAAAAGAGAGGGUGGAAAAGACAAUACUCAGCUGUGUGUGUCCAUUCCAGGGGUAGUUCAGUAACAUCAGGUUCUGUGGAAAUAAACAGUAGGUUUCAAUUGUCCGCUGCUUAUUAUCACCCAAAUUUGAUUUGCACGCUCUUCAAAGGGACUCAUAUCUUUCCAUUUAGUUGUUUGUUUCAGUGUGAUGAAUCUUUAAUUCAAACCAAUUGUGAGUCCAUUUCCAACUGGAAAAAAAAUGCAAAGAAUGUGUUUAUCCUCAGUCAUAUCAGUGUCUCUCUUUAGUUUUAUAUGUGUGGUGAUUCGUGGCCUCAGUGGGGAGGUGAAUUUGUGUCAAUUUGUGAAUUGGCUUUGCCUGUUUGGCAAGUUUGUAAAGGGUUUGGUCAGUUGUAGAGAGGCUUAAAUAAUUGUGCAUAAUGAAAUGGUUCUGGUGGGCUUUGAGUAAGUUUUAAAGUUAUACAGAUGUAACAAUAUCUCAUUCUGAGUACAUUUUUUGUCCAGAUAUUAUUUUCCCUUAUGCAAGAUCAGGUCAGUUGGUCCUUUGCAUGCACAUUUUUUCUAUUCCUGUAAUUUUCUUUUUAAUCUUUAUAGGCAGGCUAUUUUUUCCUCUCUCUGUAGUGACACAGCCUAAUGUCUCUGAGGGCAUUGAAAUAAUGUUUGCAUGCCUUUCCUCCACCAAAAGCAUCAACUACAAAAUACAGGCCUGUAAUGAGAAAACAAGGCAAUUUAAGAAAUGUCUGAUGCAAUGAUUGAUUGAUUGAGUAGAUGUUGAGCAUGACCUUAGAAAUCUUGCAAUGUUCUGUCAUUUGGACAUUGUUCUGGGCAACUGUCUCUAGGUGACCCUGCUUGGGCAGGGGUCUUUGACAAGAUGACCUACAAUAGUCCCUUGCAACCUCAACUGUUCUGUGAUUCUGCACCAAUAAUAUUUAGCAAAAAUUUUGAAGAAAGUAUAAUAGUGUAUAGUACUAAAUGUAACUUUGGUUUCACUGAUGGCGGUUUUGAAUUUCACUUUUUGGGGUCACACAGGUGACGAUAUUGAAAAAUACAUUGCUUGCAGUUCUUCAUGACCUAGACAGUGAAUACAUCAUCAGAAGCAUGUUAAAAGAUUGUUACUGGUCGCAUGCUUAGUAUUUUAGAAAAAAACACCAGAAUUAUAGGUGCCUGUAAGACUAUUUAUCCUGCUUAAAGGGAGCAUAUUUUUAAUUUUUGUGUUCUCAUAGAUAAGUGCUGGGAACAUAUUAGCACUGUGCAAGUGUUGUACAGUGCAUUCACGUGCUUGCACACACUCACCACAUUCUAACCUUUUGGACCUGUAAUUAUCCUUGGCUGUCAGACAGCUUUUUAAUUACGUGACGCAUGGUCUUUUUCUGAGGAUGCCUUUCUCAUUGCACAGGACAGCUCAGGUACCUUCUGCUGUAGUCAGGUCUAUCUAAAGGCUCGUCUACAUGCUAUGUGAAAGUUACACCAUGCCUAAUGAGGCCAAAGCCCCAUGCGAGCAGUAUCUCCAGUUCCUGGGUGAGAGUCUGUCCCCAGCAGAAUGCUGAGCAUCCAUUCCGGCUUCCUUGACCUCCUCCAGGAAUCAAGCUCUGUCCUCCCAUUGACUCCACUGGGAAGACAGCACCGACCUCCAGGAUCCCUGAGUAUUCCCAGUACACAUCUUUGUGAAGCCAAAACAGCAACUGGUAGUAAAUAGGCGUCGUCUUUAGCAGAGCUGGCUCCUGAGGAUUUCCCAAACGCCACAGCUGCUGGUCCUCUCUGGGGAGCCUGCUGUGUGCUAUGGCUUGUGACUCCAGGCAGUCAUAAAGUGCUCGCUAGAUGGGGUAAAUGCUCUUCAUUUUAACAGGCCUUGCCUGUUUUCCCAUUAAAAGCACUGGAUAUCCAUCCUCACCGACGGUCUCUGCCAGUUAUCUGGUGUACCAUCUGCUCCUGCGGUAGCUGCCAGCUUCCCCCUGGAGAGCAGUCUUGAUCUCUUCCUUCAGCUGAUGGUGAAAGCAGCGCUGGCACCUUCUUUCUGAGCACAGAGAGCAAACUUAGAAGAUCCUUAUUCAGACCUUUGAGCCUCUGCUUCUUUUCUGCACCUUGGAAUCAGUCUUUCUGAUUAAAAGAUUAUUAUUUAUUUAGCGCCUUUGUGCUGUAAUGACUCCGGCCAAAGAGCAAUCUGCCAUCCAGCUGGCUGAGCACUUCACAGCCACAGCAGGGAAAAGGGUAAAUCCAAUCAGGGAAGUGCUGCCUGUAAAGCUGGUUGAGAACUCGUUAGCGAGCCCUGCUAAGUGUUAACAGCUAUUUACAGUUGCAUGUAGCUUUGGUGCAGAUUCUUGCAAAAAAUGGUAUUAAGACUGUGCUCUCCUCUUUCCUCUUGUGCAGGCCCGGCUGCCCUGAGCACCCACUGCAGUGGUCCAGCCUCCUCCGUCCUCAGCUGAGUGAGGGGGUUUAGGCUUAAAUCACUUGUACCUCUGAAUGAUUAGAUUGGGUAUUAGGGAAAAUUUCUUUACGGAAAGGGUUUUCAUGCACUGGAACAGGCUGCCCAGGGAGGUGGUUGAGUCAUCAUCCCUGGAAGGGUUUAAAUGAUAUAUAGAUGAAGUUCUUAGGGACAUGGUUUAGUGUCAGUGUUAGGUUAAUGGUUGGACUCGAUGAUCUUAAAAGUCUCUUCCAACCAAAAUGAUUCUAUAAUGAGUAUUUGGGAGUGUUUUUUAUUAAUUUUUAUUUUCCCAAGAGAAGGAAGAAGGAAUUGGGGGCAAGUAAACACUAGAAUCUGGGGAAAAGCUAAAUUUUGCAGACCCAUUUUUGUUUGUAUUUUUGCCUGCUUUUCAGCAAGAAAUAGCAUGUACAGAUUCUGUAAGCAGACAGACACAAUAGUACUGCGAAGUGUGAAUUUCUCCCAGCUGUCUUAAUGGAGUGUUGAUUUUAGAACGGAAUUUCACUGCUGCUUGCUGUGCAAUUAUCACCCAGUUAAUACAUUUGGUUAGUUCAGCUAUGGGGUACCACACUUUGUGUUGGGGUGGGUGUCAGUAUGGACAUGUUAAUGAAAAUAUCUGUUUAAGAUGAGUAGUCAAAAAGCAAACAGAAACAAAGGCUGUGGAAGCAGGAAUAAACCAGGAAAAGCUGGUCAUACUGUAAUUCAAUAAAAAUUAAAUUGAAUAAAGUGUUAAUUUCUGUUAUGCCCCCAAAAAAGCCAGGGUAAAAA